AUGGAAAAAAAUAAAGGCCCUGGUCCAACUGCUGCCAAGUCAAAACUUGGUUAUCUUCUAUCUGGACCUGUUUCAUUGAUCAACCAGACAUCCACACUAAAUGCCACCAUCUUAAAUGUAAUGACAGCAAGCAAAUAUGUCGAAUUUGAACUCCAGCGUUUCUUGGAACUUGACUCAAUUGGAAUUUGGUCAGAUCAGAAAGAUGAUACUUCAGAAUUCCUACUACAUUAUCAAGACACAUCCAUUUCUCUGAAAGAUGGAAAGUAUGAUGCCAAGUUACCUUGGAAACCAGAACAACCAAUACUACCAUCCAACGUCAGAAUUGCACAACAAAGAAAGACAUCAAUGGUGAAGCGACUAGCUGCUGAUCCCGAGAAACCUAUGAUGUACAACAACGUGAUUGUUAAUCAGUGCAAUCAAGGCUUUAUCGAGAAAGUUGAAAACCCCAGUAUGAACAAUGGAACCUGUCACUAUCUUCCCCAUCACGCCGUAUUUAAAGAAUCAUCCACCACACCUCUACAAGUUGUGUACAACUUCAGCUGCAGUACGUCAAAUCAACCAAGUUUAAUAUUGCUUAGAUUUCAUCGAAAGAAAUACGCAGAUAUCGAAAAGGCAUUCCUAAAUAUUGUCCUGAAUGAAGAAGAUCGCGACGCUACUGUUUCUUCUGGUUGA